GGGCGGGGCUGGGCCGGGGCGGCUGCGCGGGGCGGGCGCGGCCAUGGCGAAGCACACGGUGUCCUCGGCGCGCUUUCGCCGGGUGGACGUGGACGAGUACGACGAGAACAAGUUCGUGGAUGAGGAGGACGGGGGCGACGGGCAAGUGGGACCCGAUGAGGGCGAGGUGGACUCGUGCCUGCGGCAAGGGAACAUGAUGGCUGCACUGCAGGCGGCUCUGAAGAACCCUCCCAUCAACACCAAGAACCAGGCAGUGAAGGACCGUGCCGAGAGCAUCGUGCUGAAGGUCCUCAUCUCCUUCAAAGCCAACGACAUUGAGAAGGCAGUGCAGUCGCUGGACAAGAACGGGGUGGACCUGCUCAUGAAGUACAUCUACAAGGGCUUUGAGAGCCCCUCGGACAACAGCAGUGCUGUGCUGCUGCAGUGGCACGAGAAGGCGCUGGCUGCCGGCGGAGUUGGCUCCAUCGUGCGCGUUCUGACGGCCAGGAAGACGGUGUAGCUGCGGCAGGGAGUGAGGGCGCGACUCCAGCAGGGAGCCGCCAGCACAGGCCCUGCCCGGCCCAGCCCCCGAGCUUUGCCUUUGCCCUGCCGCUUCUGUUGUACCCCACCCAUGAUACGCGUCGUGAUCUCUUCUGUGGUUCACUUCUGGAAAAUUAUGAAGGUGCAAUUUUACUUCUAACAGGAAUAUUUGGUACUUGCCAGCCUUUCAGUGAUAUGUUCAGUGAUGUAAAUGAUUUGGUGUUUAGGGUGAUUUGCAUUUGUGUGUAAUCGUGGCAGAUUUGGGCCUGACUCUCUGAGCAAAUGCGGAGGGACACAGGGCAAUGUCUUAAUUCUUUUCGCUAGCCAAGCAGUGUUUUGAGCUGAAAUCUUGAUAUYUGAGAAGUGGGGCAGCUAUUAUUAACACAGGUAACUGGACCAUGUUGCCUUCGGUCAACCUCUGACCCUACAUCCAUGAACAGGAGAGAACAAACCUCUUUUUCAACCCCAAUUAUCAUUCCAGAGAGCUGGGUAUUUUCCUUGACCUGCUCAGGUUSCUUGCAGUCAGUCAGAUGCUGGGUCCAUAGCGGAAGGGUCACUGUGGGAUGAAGUUGUCAAUCAUGCCCRUGUGGAAGGUGGUAUUUAAAGUGUUAAUGGUUCAUUUACACUGGAGCCCAGCCCAGUGAAUUCUUCCUAUAUUUGGGGAGCAAAGAUCCUGAGGAGAAGAAGAAGCAGCUUUUAAAAAGCAAAAUCACCUUUCAGCAACUGGAAAGUGAUUUCAUUUUGUCAAGCACAACUAAAUGGCUGCUUGGGGUAGUCUGAGAAACAUAUCCUGGUAUCCACACCUUGGAURCCUCAGCCUUGCAGAGCUCCCUUGUUUUGUUUUCUGGGUGUGUAGGGUCUGUAGGGAUACCACACAGCUCACAUUCCUGUUGCAUUGUGCCUCAUCAUGUUAGCUAGUGGGCCAAUCAGGUUCCCAAAGAAAGAGCAUUUUAAAGAAUUAGGAAAGCCCAGGGCAGCCCAGACCACAGAUCACCGUAGAAGGUUUAGGGCUAGGACUGAAAUACAUGUGUUUUAAUUUCACUAUUUUACUACAGUUCAGUUGUGCAAAACUGYUGGGGACCUUGUGAAAUCUUUGCUGUUUUUUUGAUAUCUGCUUUGUUUUUGUAAUAAUAAUAAAGACCAGACAAUAAAUCGUCACUGAAUAUUUA